AAUCUUCUCGGCUUUCUGGAAUUUUUUUUAUCCUUGUAUGAUGAGUAUGUUGUUAGAUCUGAAUUCAACAACAUAGCUGAAGUAAAUCUCAAUCAGGCCAAGUCUGUUGUUGUUGUUGGUACUGUUCAAAUGAUAUCCGAAGAUUUGCCUUGGUAUUACUUUGCUUGUAAAACUUGUAACAAGAAGGUUUUUCCAAAAGUUUCGGAUGAUACACCAACGGUUGGUGUCUUGGUUGAUGAAGAAGAGGUUUAUGAGUGCAAAACCAAAACUUGCAAGGACACUGUGAUUCAAUAUACUAAAAGGCUUAAAAUUCCAUUGACUGUUCAAGAUUCCAGUGGAACUGUGUCAUUGACAUUGUUUGACAGAGAUGCUUGCCGCAUUCUAAAUACCACUGCAGCUAACUUAAUUGAGAAACACGUUGCUGGUGGUGAUAAGGGUCUGUAUCCUGACGAGUUUGAAGCUCUUUUAGGGAAAAAAUUUGCAUUCAAGAUUGAUAUCAGUGACUUCAACAUUGAACACAACUUUUGGUUUUUUGGUGUUUCUAAAUUGACUGACGAUGAGGAUAUCAUAUUUGAGCUUGAGAAGAAAGCAAACAACAUUGAGGUGGAAACUACUGCUUCUUUGAACAACAGGUUCACGGAUAUGGAAUCAGAAGAUACUGUUAACCUGAAUGAUGAUAACUGCACUGAUGUUAUUAUGGGAGUCACUGUUGGUACCAAAUCAAAUGAAGACUUCAAAUCGAAGGUUCCUUCUGAGUCCAUGGAUGAUAAUGUCAUCACCCCUUUGACCAAAAAUUUGGAGGACACUGCCAUGGCAAGUAAGCCUAUUGGUGAGCCUGCGAUUUUUAAGAGGAAAACCAAAAAACCUGCUUUCAAGAAAAACUUGGUUGAGAGUUAUGAUGUUGAGGAAAAUGGAGAAAUGUCAACCACCAAACCAGUUAAACCUGGAAAACCAACUCUCCUAAUUCCAAAAAUUGAAAAAUGAAGGCUUUACAGUCUUUAUGUUCUAAGUGUUGUUUUCCUAUGUUAUUUUUAUGUGUUUUAAGUUAUGUUUAUCGUUUAAGAACUACUUCAAAAGCUUUGGAUCAUUCAAGCUUUUAUGUUUCAGAAGUUUAAUAUCAUUUUGU